AUGUCUACAUCCCAGACGGUCCUGAGACUAUCAUCUACCAUUGCGAGCAGCAACCGUGCCCGAACCGAACACCCCGAUCGAUCCCAGAGGACUACCCGCGCUACAAAGCGAUCCGACGAGCGCAACACCCGCUCGGACCCCGAAGCACCCUCAUAUCUCGAUCAGCCUCGCGGCACUCUUGCCCUGUCUCCCCUAGCUCCCGUCUCCCUCAAACUGUCGUCACCGAUCCAGAUCAAGCGCGAGGAGAUCUCCCUCCAGACCCUGCGCCAGAGCCAGAGCCUGAGGAGAGUGAGGGUGAAGAAGGAGUCUCGGAGUCCGAGUCCGAGGAUUCUGUUGGGUCCGCCUCGCCGACAGCGUUCGCCCCCGCGUCAGCAGUCCCUGACGCCGCUCGAGCACUCGCUCCUCUCGAAGUUCGGCCAGCGGAAGGCCACCACAGCCGCCUCCGCCCCCGCAGCGUCCUCCGUCCCCCCCGACGCCGAUAAUGUCUUCUCCCGCCGCUGCACCUGA